GGGACAUCAGAAACGGAAAGAAUAGACUCUGGCCGUGUGCCGACGCAUUCUUGUUCCUUCUUAUUUAAUGCAUAUUUUUAAGGCUAACAUUUUGCACUCAGAACAGAUUCUCCUGCAGCUACAGCCUCGGAUAGCUUUUAUUCAUCCCAGCCGAGCCACCCAUUCGAGAAACGAGGCAAAGGAGAAAGCAAGCCUGGGAACCGGAGAGGAGAGGGUGUGCGGAGAAGUGAUCGUGGCUGUUGCGGUUUGAAGCCGACAGGGAGCGCUUUUGUCCCUGCCGCUGGAACCAAGGUCCCCACCUGGGCUCCGCCCCUUGCUCGCUCGCUCGCUCGGUCGCCGCCGUCGGCUCGGUUGGCUCGCUCGCCCAGGCGGCGGCUCCCUCAGAAGGCAGCGUGGAGCCUCGUUUCGUCUUUUCGCCCUCUGGGACUCCCCGGCGAAGGAUCGGCGGGGGGUGCGCUCGCGUUGGAGAGAGCAUGGCGGCUCCGGAGCGAAGGGCCUUCGCGCACCAUAUUAACCGGAUUGUGGCAGCUGAAGUGAGGAAACAAGUAUGUCGAGAAUAUGACAACUCACCACAGCUUUCCAAGAAACGUGGUGGCACCCUGCAGUCGUUACCUCUGACAGAAGUGGUAGAGCCAAUUGACUUUGAGAAAUACCUUAGCACGCACUUGCCAGGUGCUGAACCAGGCCCACUUCGUGACCUGAUUGAGUUCCCUGCAGAUGACCUGGAAGUGACCCAUGAAUCCCGGUACUGUCGGACCCUAGAACCUGGUGUCCCUGAGGAUGAGAAACAAGAUGCCCGGGUAAGAGAUGCUGUCCAAGCCUACAUGGAAGAUUGGGUCAUCGUUCAUAGGAAGUACCAGAAACUGAGUACCAUGUAUAAUGCCAUGACUGCUGAGAGGCAAAGGGAAAGACAGAAAGGAUUAUUUAAGCAAGUCUUUGAAUUAGAUGAAGCAGUUGAAGAGAGGAUCGAUCAAGGGUGUACGGAUGACACAAAGCGCUGCUCUGGUUCCUUGGAAGAUACACCCAGGGGCAGUUGGAUAUCCAGUAUCUUCGACUUGAAGAAUUCUGCAGCUGACUUUUUAUUGCGUUCACUCUUGGUGCGCACUGCCAUCGAAGAGACUGACCGUACUAAUGAGGAGUCGCGCAAGAAGAACCGGCAUCAGGAGAUCUUGGCCCUUUACUCAGCCCCUGAUGAAGAGGAGGCAGUAGAACGGUGCAGCAUCCCAGAAAUUCCAAAAGAGCACUUUGGGCAGAGGAUCUUAGUGAAAUGCUUGUCUCUGAAAUUUGAAAUAGAAGUUGAACCCAUCUUUGGAUCACUGGCACUCUACGAUGUGAAAGAGAAGAAAAAGAUCUCUGAAAAUUUUUAUUUUGAUCUCAAUUCGGAGCAUAUGAAAAGCCUUCUCCGAACUCACAGUGCUCAUCCUGCUAUCUCUACACUAGCUCGUUCAGCUGUGUUCUCUCUUACACAUCCUUCUCCAGAAAUAUUCUUGGUGAUCAAGUUGGAGAAAGUGCUACAGCAAGGGGAUAUCAGUGAAUGCUGUGAACCUUACAUGGUCAUGAAGGAAACAGAUGCUUUGAAGAACAAGGAGAAGUUGGAGAAACUGCGAGUGGCAGGAGAGCAAUUUUGCACCCGGUUGGGGCGCUACCGUAUGCCAUUUGCCUGGACUGCCAUUCACCUCAUGAAUAUAAUUAGCACUACUGGGAUGCUUGAGAGGGAUGCUUCAGACUCUGAAAAUGAACGCAAAGGCACCUGGAAUGAGCGUAAGAGGAAAGCCUAUGGACGCCUGAGUGUUGGUGAGGAGAUGUGCAGCUUUAGCAACUUCCGUCCAGCCACCCUCACAAUCACCAAUUUUUUCAAACAGGAAGGCGAUCGUCUCAGUGAUGAGGACUUGUACAAGUUCCUAGCAGAUAUGAGACGCCCAUCUUCUGUCCUGAGAAGACUCCGUCCAGUUACAGCUCAAUUCAAGAUUGAUAUUUCACCAGUGCCAGAAAACCCCCAUUAUUGCCUCUCACCUGAACUGUUGCAUGUCCAACCCUACCCUGAUUUGCGUGUCCGACCCACCAAGGAGAUCCUUGAAUUCCCAGUCCGAGAAGUCUAUGCCCCUCAUACAACGUAUCGGAAUCUACUCUACAUUUAUCCCCAGAGCCUGAAUUUUAGCAGCCGUCAAGGCUCGGUGCGAAAUAUUGCAGUGAAACUGCAGUUUAUGGCUGGAGAAGAUCCUAGCCAAGCCAUGCCUGUUAUCUUUGGAAAAUCAAGUUGCAGUGAGUUUGCCAAAGAGGCUUACACAGCUGUUGUGUACCAUAACAAGUCACCUGAGUUCUAUGAGGAGUUCAAGCUGAAGAUCCCAGCCAAUUUGACAGACAAUCAUCACUUGCUUUUCAGCUUUUACCAUAUUAGCUGUCAACAGAAGCAGAAUACACCUCUGGAGACUGCUGUUGGUUAUACAUGGAUUCCUCUCAUGCAACAUGGACGGCUGAGAACAGGGCAGUUUUGCCUGCCGGUUUCAGUUGACAAGCCUCCACCCAGCUAUUCAGUGCUCACCCCUGAUGUGCAGCUGCCUGGCAUGAAGUGGGUGGAUAAUCACAAAGGGGUCUUCAGUGUGGAAGUUCUGGCUGUUUCCUCUGUCCAUACUCAAGAUCCAUUCUUGGACAAGUUCUUCACCUUGAUACAUGUGCUAGAAGAAUAUACCUUUCCCUUUCGACUCAAAGAUGUGAUCCUAACAGAGAACAACAUAGAAUCUGAGUUGAAAUCUAGUGUAGGCAACUUACGAGUGGCUAGCCUGGAACCUUUGGUGGCCUUCAGUCAUCAGAUUCUCAACAAGCUGAUCCAACUCAUUGUGUACCCACCUGUCAUUGCAGGGCAGAUUGUGAGCUUGGGUCGUGCAGCAUUUGAAGCUAUUGCUGUGAUGGUGAACCAGAUCCACAAGAGCCUGGAGAAUAGCCAAGAUCAGCAUGGCCAAAAUCAUCUGUUGGCCUCUUACAUCUCCUACGUUUUCCGUCUGCCUGUGAUGGAGCCAGAUCCCAGGCGUUACAUUGUUCCACCCCUUUUCCAUCACUGCCGGCAAAAGGGAGACUUCAGAGAGAGAGUAGAUGAAAGGCGAUGGACAUAUUGUUAUGAGACUGGAGUGCCACCCCACAGUGGUACCCUUCAAUAUGCUACCUUGUCCCGUUCAACUGGGCGCCCUGUCAGCCUUCACCUCUCUCAUUCCAAAAGUAUCAGCAACAGCAAUCCUGACUUAACCACCACACCAACUUCCCCAGAUGAAGAGGUCCAGAAGAUUAUCAGCAGCAAGGGGAUCGACCGCUCUCACUCUUGGGUCAACUCUGCCUAUGCCCCUGGAGGCCCCAAGUCUGUGCUUCGCAGGAACCAUCCGAACUCCAGCACGGACCUGAAGCAGGCUGCAGAGUGUGCACCUAAUCGUAUCUCCUCCUAUCUUGAGAGCUCUACUUUUGUGCCGGCAGUUCCGAUGAGACCAACAACCAAAAAGCUACUUCAUGAAGAACUGGCCCUCCAGUGGGUGGUGAGCACCAGUUCUGUGCGGGAGGCUGCUUUGCAUCAAUCCUGGUUCUUUUUCCAGCUAAUGGUGAAGAGUAUGGUGCACCAUCUGUUCUUGUGUGACAAGCUAGAGGCCCCGCGCAAGACACGCUUCCCUGGCCGUUUCAUUGAUGAUAUCUCAGCCCUGGUAUACACUGUCAGUGGGGAAAUUGCUAGCCGUUGUCAAAAGGAUGUGGAACUGGUGGAGCAUCUCAACAGUAGCCUGGCCUUUUUUCUCAAUGAUCUGCUGUCGUUCAUGAAUCGUGGCUUUGUCUUUGAUCUUCUGCGUUCUUAUUAUAAGCAGAUCAAUAACUGGCUGUUGACCACACAGAACCCUAAUGCCCUCAUUGCUCUCAGAAUGGACUUGAUCCGUAUCGUAUGCAGCCAUGAACAUUAUGUCACUCUAAAUCUUCCCUGCAGUGGCCUUUCCCCUCCUGCUUCCCCUUCUCCCUCCAUCUCAUCAGCAACCUCCCAGAGUUCAGCGUUCUCUAGCCACACACAGGACCAGCAAGUGGUCAGCAUGUUUGAGCUCUCUGUAGCUUUUCGCCAACAGCACUUCCUGGCAGGCUUGGUGUUGAUGGAGUUGGCACUCAUCCUGGAGCCUGAUGCAGAGGGGGCAUUCUUCCUGCACAAGAAAGCCAUUUGUACUCUACACAACCUGCUGUGCAAUCAUGACUCUGAUAUCCGCUACAGGGACCCUACUAUGCGAGCACAAGUCGCUCAGCUCUAUUUGCCUCUGAUUGGCAUCAUCAUGGAUGCUCUACCGCAGCUCUAUGACUUUACAGAGAACCACAUCCAGAGAGGGCGACUAGCUUCUAUGAUGGUUGAGGAUGGAGAUGGAGAUGGUAGCACCAUUAGCCAGUCAGUUGCCAUGGCCAUUGCAGGUUCUCCUUUGCCUUAUUCUCAUCGGUCUACGGUCUUCCAAAUGCCAACAGUGCCUGCCCGCCAGUACAGCAUGUUGUCUGCUGAGGCAAGUCGCAAUCUGCUGGUGUGUCUUCUCUGGGUACUGAAGAAUGCUGAUGAUGCUGUGCUACAUCAUUGGCUGGUUGACCUCUCUGCUUUCCAUGUGAACCAUUUACUUGACUUACUCUACCUCUGUGUCUCCUGCUUUGAAUACAAGGGCAAAAAGGCCUUUGAACGCAUCAAUAGCCUGACCUUCAAAAAAUCUCUGGACAUGAAGGCGCGACUGGAGGAAGCCAUCUUAGGCACUAUUGGGGCACGUCAAGAAAUGGUUCGACGCAGCCGAGCAGAGCGCAGUCCUUUUGGAAACCAAGAAAAUGUUCGCUGGAGGAAGAAUAUUGCUCACUGGAGACAGAAUUCGGACAAGGUGGACAAAUCAAAGGAAGAGAUAGAACAUGAAGCUUUGGUAGAUGGAAACCUGGCUACAGAGGCCAACAUGGUGGUCCUGGAUACCCUGGAAAUUAUUGUGCAAACAGUGUCUGAAACCAAGGAGAGUGUCCUGGGUGGGGUGCUGAGGGUGCUUCUUCACAGCAUGGGCUGUACACCUAGUGCUGCCUUCUUGCAACACUGCUUUGCCACCCAGAGAGCACUAGUGAGCAAGUUCCCUGAAAUGCUUUUUGAGGAAGACACUGAAUUGUGUGCUGAUCUGUGCCUGCGUCUCCUACGCCACUGUAGUAGCAGAGAAGCCAUCAUUCGUACCCAUGCAAGCACCUCACUUUACCUUCUCAUGAGACAGAACUUUGAGAUUGGCAAUAACUUUGCCCGAGUGAAGAUGCAGGUCACCAUGUCCCUCUCCUCACUUGUGGGAACAUCUCAGAACUUCAAUGAGGAGCACUUGAGGCGCUCACUGAAAACCAUCCUUACCUAUGCUGAAGAAGACCCAGAAUUGCGAGAGACAACUUUUGCUGAGCAGGUACAAGAUCUCGUCUUUAACCUGCACAUGAUCCUGACAGAUACAGUAAAGAUGAAAGAGCAUCAGGAGGAUCCAGAGAUGCUUAUAGACCUUAUGUAUAGGAUAGCCAAAGGAUACCAGGCGUCACCUGAUCUGAGGCUGACAUGGCUGCAGAACAUGGCGGCAAAGCAUUCCGAACGUGGAAACCAUGCAGAGGCAGCACAGUGUUUGGUGCAUUCUGCUGCACUGGUAGCUGAAUAUCUGAGUAUGUUGGAAGACUGCCGCUAUUUACCAGUGGGCUGUGUCACUUUCCAGAACAUAUCUUCCAAUGUGCUAGAAGAGUCUGCUGUUUCAGAUGACAUCUUGUCCCCAGAUGAAGAGGGCAUCUGCUCUGGAAAAUACUUCACAGAACAGGGACUGGUAGGCUUGCUUGAACAAGCAGCUUCUUCAUUUACUUUGGGUGGACUUUAUGAGGCUGUCAAUGAAACCUACAAGAUUCUCAUUCCCAUCCAUGAAGCCAAUCGUGACUUCAAGAAGUUGGCAGUUCUGCAUGGCAAACUGCAGGAUGCUUUUAGCAAGAUAACUGGCCAGGCCUCUGGCUGGGAGAGAAUGUUUGGAACGUAUUUCCGAGUUGGUUUUUAUGGCAACAAAUUUGGAGACCUGGAUGAACAAGAGUUUGUCUACAAAGAACCUUCUAUCACUAAAUUAGCUGAAAUUUCUCAUCGACUUGAGGAGUUUUAUGCUGAACGUUUUGGGCAUGAAAUAGUGGAAAUCAUCAAAGGUUCCAAUCCUGUAGACAAGACCAAACUGGAUCCUAAUAAGGCAUACAUCCAGUUGACUUAUGUGGAGCCUUUCUUUGACACCUAUGAACUGAAGGACCGUGUCACGUAUUUUGACAAGAACUACAAUCUGCGCACCUUCAUGUUUUGUACCCCAUUCACAUUGGAUGGACGAGCACAUGGGGAUCUGCACGAGCAGUUCAAGCGCAAGACUCUACUCACCACUUCUCAUGCUUUCCCCUACAUCAGAACUCGCAUUAAUGUCAUCCACAAGGAAGAGAUUAUUCUUAUUCCUAUUGAAGUAGCCAUAGAGGACAUGCAGAAGAAGACUCAGGAAUUGGCUUUUGCCACCCACCAGGACCCAGCUGAUGCCAAGAUGCUGCAGAUGGUGCUUCAGGGAUGUGUUGGAACUAUAGUCAACCAGGGUCCUCUGGAAGUGGCACAGGUAUUUUUGGCUGAGAUCCCCGAUGAUCCCAAACUCUAUCGACACCACAACAAACUCCGACUGUGCUUCAAAGAUUUCACUAAGAGAUGUGAAGAUGCCCUUCGUAAAAGCAAGACACUGAUUGGACCAGACCAACGUGAGUUCCUCCGAGAACUAGAGAGGAAUUACCAACGCCUAAAGGAAGCCCUGCAUCCGCUACUCAACCGCAAAAUCCCUCAACUCUAUACAUCAGUUGCUCCUCAUUCUGUACACAGAAGUUCCUUCAAUAGAUUGAGUCUGAGGAAGAUGGAAGCCUAGCCUGGAUUGCUUGAAUUGCAAGGAGUCUAAUUUAUGAAAGAAAGUACUGAACUUUGCAGCCGUCAGAGUUUCAGCCUUAAUGAAGGAUUGUACAAUUAUUUUGCACUGGAAGACAAUAUUGAGAUUCCUGCCCCAUUUUUCCUGGCACUGUUCAAGAUUUGAAGCCAGAGUUUCAGUCAAAUAGAAGGAGAAUAUUUGUUGAAGAUGGUAGUAGAGAGAAACUGGCUCCCACAUUCUGCCUUGUUGAAGACUGAGCCCCACCCUCAGGAAACUUCUCAGCACACAGCCAUCUGGGUUGAGAACGCUAGGUCAGACCUACUGCAGAUUUUCUUGAUCCAAGUGGAGAUUUGUGUCAUAGACACUGACCUUGAAUUUCCACAUACAGCAGGUAGAUCCAAAAUGUAACUCUAGAUGGACUUGGAAGUUUCUUCAUUGUGGUUUCUCUGCUGUUUUCCCUUUGAAAGCUGAGAUUAGCUGAAGAAUUUGAAACCCUCCACUACUCACCCAAUCCCUUCUUUUGUUCUGUGUUUUCACACGUUUUUGGCUUUUGAUCACUUGGAAUAUCCAGUUAUUUAUGCAUUCAUAAGAAUGGCUGUCUUAGUUUCUGGAUCUCAUUCCUAAUUCAGGGAAGAAUACAGUGGUAUCUAGGUCAAGGUUAGAAGACUGAAACCUUAUAACACCUGGAUUUGAUGCCUGCUGUACUCCUUGAUCUUCCUAUCCAGAACUUGGGCUGAAACCCAGGAAUUAUGAUUCUUACCUCUGUUGCUCCUUGUUCUGUCUCCUAGGUUUUUUAUUAAGAGCUCAUAAACUACUUUUUGGAAUCUUCAUUAUCUAUAUUUUAAAGAUCUAAGAUUUUAAAGAUUUUAAAUAUUUUAAAGAUUUAAAAGAUCUAAAAUGUUUAUUUAGAUUUCUGGUGAAUCCCCAACUGUGCAGAAUCUAGCCACCUGCGCCAUGAUCACUACCUGCUCGUCCUUAAGCAGCCACUGGAAAUAAAUACUUUCCAAACUAUCAGGAUACCUAUCAAUUAUGGGGAGGAUAUGGUUUUUCCGAAUAGCUCUAUAGAAGGAACAUUGAAGGAGUAUGUGUCCAAUGGUCUCCACCUCUCCUGACCCACAGGAGCAGUGUCUUUCAGCCAAUGGUGUCUUUUUAUACUUGCCAUACAGGACGGCCAAUGGAAACACAUGGUACCGUGCAAGCGAGAAUGCUUUCAGGUGGUUUACUGACUCCCAACUGACUAAGAUAUCUGACAGGUGUAACUACAUAUCUAAUAGAAUCUGGAGCCAGAAACAGCAGAGCCAUACCUAAGUCCGCUUGCCUCUCGAUGUCCUCUAUCCCUUGACGCAAGGUUUGUUUUGCUUAGUCGUAGUCCAAUUUGAGAAUUGAGGCUGGCGAUGAGUCUAGUUUGGCAAGGUUGGGCUCGACUGCCUUGAUCCAUGAAGAGGAGAAUUUAUCUUGAAGAAUUAAUGGAGCAAGGCCUUGCGGAAAGCAAUUAAGCCUUAGCCAGAUGUUUAAGGAAGCUAUACAGAUUCUUACUUUGACUUUUAUCAAUCCUGUCUCCAGGCGCCAAGUGCAUUUGGGACACAGCGCGGCAUCUGGAGAAUUGUUCUGAUAAAUUUGGAUUGAACUCUUUCCAAUGGUGUAAAACAUGAAGCUGAGGGUCCGAGCAAGGUCCCGUAGAGAAGCUGUGCUAGAGACUUAGCCAGAAAGAGCUUAAUUGCAGCUGGAACAUAGUAUCCUCCCUUUGUGCGGAAAAAUGUAAGAAUGGCAUUCGCUGAUCGUUGGCCAGAGGCAGCCGCUUAUUCUCCAUGGGCUUUUUGUGAGCCAGAGGCACGGAUGACCGCCCCUAAGUACUUAAAGGUGGUUACCUGCUUUUGUGGCUAUUUAAAUACCAUGAGUACCGUUUUGGCCUUUUUGCAAAAGCCAUAACCUUUGUUUUCUCAUAAUUUAUGUCCAGUUUAUUAUAUUUGCAAUACUGGACAAGGGCUCGCAAGCCUCUUUUAAGGCCAACUGGAGUCUUGGAGAUGAUCACAGCGUCGUCUGCAUAGAGCAGCAGAGCAACGCUUCAAUCACCUAUUUUGGGGGGAUGGUAAUUUGGAUUAUUUAAUCAUUUUACCAUAUCAUUUAUGUAAACAUUGAAGAGCAAGGGGGCCAAAAUGCACCCCUGUUUAACCCCCUUUUGAGUUUCAACUGACCUCGAGAGAGUCCCUUGCAUAUUACACUUCACCGUGAGGGAUAUUUUGGUAUGUAAGGCACGUAACAGAUGGAGGAGUCUGUGAUUAAUUGAGGCAGCUUCCAGCUUCUCCCAUAGCUUAGUCCUUGUAACUGUGUCAAAAGCUGCCUUAAGAUCUAUAAAGGCAGUGUAUAAUGAUACAGGUCUAUCUGCUGCAUAUUUUUCAAUCAAAUGAUGAAGAACUAAGCACUGAUCUAUGGUGCCUCUCCCCUCUCUAAACCUGGCUUGUUCUUCGGCAAUCAUGUUCUCAAGAUCCAGCCACACCUUUAAUUUAUCUUGAAAGUGUCUGACAUAGAGUUUGCUGAUUAUAUUUAGCAGACUUAUUGGUCUGUAAUUGGCAGAGUUGUCUCUCCCUUUUUAUAAAUUGGGACCACAAUUGCCAAGCCCCAAUCCUCUGGGACAUAGCUGGUGGGGUCAAUAUAGGUGAAUAGCGCUGCCAGGAUGGGUAUCCACCACUCCAUAUUAUUCUUUAGUAAUUCAGCCAAAAUGAAGUCAGCUUCUGGAGCCUUCCUGAUCCUGAGUUGGCCAAUGAGGGAUUUAAUUUCAGAUUCUGAAACUGGAGGCCCCUCAGGUAAAUCCUUCAUUAUAGACCUUGUACUCUCACUGGAGGAGUCUUCAUACAUUCUCUGAAAAUGAAGUUCCCAGGUUAUAGGAGAUAUAUUACAGUCUAAUGGGGUAUAGAUUCUUUCAGAGUGGCAAGCUAUUAGAUGCCAAAAUAAGGAGGAGUUUUUUUGCUUUGUUCCAAUGAUGAGCUGUUCCCAGGAAGACCUUGUGACUUGUCUCUUCUUGAAUGCAAUCAGUUGCUUGAAUUGUUUUUUGAGUGUAACUGUUUAAGAAUUGCUUUAUUGCUAUAUCCAGUCUCUCAUUUGUACUUCUUGUAUGCCAAGUUAAGGGCUUUCUUGGCUUCUACGCAAUCCUUAUCAAACCAUGGUUUGGAGGCAGUACAGAACCUCUUAACUGAGAAAUUUUGGUCAUGUGCUAAUAAUGGUUGUAGCUCAUAAAUUAAACUUUUAUAUAGUUCGAAUUAGUCUUGAAUCGGGUUGGUUGAUAUAAAGGCUGCACGGAUUUGUUGAAAAUUAUCCUUUGUUAGGGCUCUCCUUACCUUCUGAUCAAGUUGUUGGGUCCAUUUGACCUGACAUCUCGUUAGGCCUACUAUAGAGAUUGCAGGGAUAAAAUGGUCCUUGGAAGGUAUCUGCCUGAUAAAGGGCUUCAUGUAUAUACACAGAGGUAGAUGAUCAUUUUCUAGGUAAGGCGGGACUUCAAAAUUUUCUAUAUAAUGUACUAAAUCCGUAGAAGUUAAGAUAUAAUCAGUGGUGCUAGUUUUGGACCCUGCCAUAAAUGUAAACUUGCCAGGAUAGUCACCAGGCCAUAAGCCGUUAGAUAUAAAGAAGUUAAAUUUAUUUGUCAACUUGGCGAGACAGGCCAGCAUAGUUAGCUUUAAUGUCUUUAGAGAGGGGAGCAUUGGUUUGUAUAGGAACCUCCAAUGGUGGGUAUUGAUGAUGUUUCAUGAAUAAUGUAUAAUCAUCUGGUCCCAAUUUGGCAUUAAAGUCUCCCCCUAGUAGGACCCUGGCGUUUGGGUGUUCCAUGAGUUGUUUAUUAACGUAGUGUUCCAACUCCAGCCAUACAGCAGCGGUUUCAGCUUUUCUUAGUGAAGGAGGGAGAUAAACAUUAAUUAUCAAAAGCAGGAUUGAGUCCAACUUGAGGAGAAGGGCCAUAGCUGAAUGGUUUAAAGAGGUAAUAAGUGCUCUCUGCUCUCAAGUUGGUAGAAAUAAAUAUACCAUGCCCUCCUUUCAGUCUCCCUGGGCCUCUGUCUGGCCUUGCUUCCAGCUUAUAUGAAUAAUAGCCAUUAGGCAGGAGAUCAUCAAUAGUCCAAGUCUCUUGCACCAAUAUAAUAUCCUUACCUUUCAGAGGAGCAGAGUGAUUAAGGCCUCUAAAUCGAUACCACCUGGCUACAUUCCAUGACAUGAUGUUUAAAGUGUUUAAAGUGUUUUUCUUGCACUGGCCUUCAUAUACAUAGUUCAAGUUCUCCAUAGGGGCACUUGUUGGAGGAUAGUUAUAAUAAUUGUUAUUUGAUUCAUUAGGUUGAGUAGUUGUCAAUGCUUCUUUUAAACCAUCCAGUCUCUGUGUACUAUUAGCUUGCUCAGGUUCUGACAAUACAUCAUUAAAGUCUAUCAACAUUUCUUCUGGCACGCCCUCAGCAGAAUCAGUGACUGUGGGUAACUCAAUUUGUGGAUCACUUCUCUGCUUUCUCAAGGUCAAUUCAGCUGCCCCUGCUUCAAACUUAUCAGUAUGAGGUCUGUUGCCGCUUGGAUUUAAAGCAAUAGUUCCCUCAUGGAGAGACUGAACCAGGAGUGGGCGCAGGUUCCCUGAACAGAAGACACGUAUUGGAAAUAUUGAAAAACUGCUCAGGAAGUGCUUCAUUCUAAAAAAAAACAUUGAGGGAAUUAUGGACUGCUUGAAGGAUAAUGAAAUUUGCAUACAUUGCCUUCUUGCUGGCAAUCACUCUGCAUGUAAUAAAUCAAUCUGAGUAUACUCACAGUGGAGCAGCUGGCUCAGAGACUGCCUAAUAGCUUUUCUAUCACUUCAAUGUCCUCUAUUCCUUCUGUUGUCGUAGAUUUGCAAGGUAACCUGGUUGGUCUGUAAACUGAGGUUAUAAUGGUCACCUCUACAACUAUUUGAUUGAGUAUUGUUUUCUUUGUGGAUAUUCUUUUCUCUCUUGUUUAUAGAAAUGGGAGAGGGACCUAUUCUAGUUUCCAUUUCUGCAUUAGCCAUCCAAUGUCUAUCAUUAUGUGUCCUCCUGGGUCCUUCUGCAAUGUUUGUUUGACUGCUGAUAAACUUUGCAAAAAA